AUGAUAAACCGUCUCACCAACUUACUAAACCGAUUCUACUAUUUUGUAUUUGACCGUCUGAUUCUUUACCCCAUGCUAUAUUUAUUAAAAAAUCGAUGCAACAUUCAUUUUAUGAACCUCGGAUACCAGCCUGCUGCGAACGACGAAAUCAUAUCCUGUGCAAUAAAUAAGUUCUACAAAGCUGAUACUGCUGAAAAAGCACACGCCUCCCUCUAUGAAAAGACUCUAAGUUUGUGUCCCAAAUACCCGGUUCUCCAAAACAUAUCUAUUCUCGAAGUCGGGUGUGGUCACGGAGGAGGAGUACGAUGGAUUGAGAGAUCCCACCCAGAAAUCAAGAGUAUUCGCGGAAUAGAUGUUAUUGUUACUGACUGCUUAGGGGGCAAAGUAACGAAUGGAGACGCACAUAACCUUCCAUUUGCAGAAAACACGUUUGAUCUAAUCAUAAAUGUUGAAUCUAGUCACUUGUAUAGAGACGAACAGCAGUUUUUCAGAGAAUGCUGUCGCGUACUUCGGCCUGGUGGAACCUUGUGUUGGGCAGACCUGAGAUAUUCAGAUCAGGUGGAAAGUCUAAUUGAAAAAGCGUCCAAUGCUAAUUUGUCACUGGUCAAGCUGAAAGAUAUAACUGAUCAAGUAGUCGAAGCGAUAAAUCUAACUGCAUCCGAAUAUGACGCACAACUUGCGAAAGCACCUCGAAUCAUCCAGUUGUUUAGAAAUUCCAUAAGGACGACUUACUGUGCUCCCGGUACCGAAAGUCAUAAACGUUUGACGGAAAGAAAGAAAAUCUAUACAGCAGCCUGCUGGACAGCUCGAAAAUUAACAAAAUCAUGA